UUAGCGGAGUUAUGGAAUGUAACCGAAGAUGAUGUACCUGAGUUGUUGAAUACUGAGAGCUACUUACGCAGUGUAGACAAACAUUUUUUAAAGCCAUUGCUAGAUAAUAAUGAAGGAAUUUUUGGAGGAUCUUAUAUAGAUGUAAAAAAAGAUAAAAUAAUUAUCAGAACUUUAAAUUUAACCGGAAGGAAUAUUAUAUUAAGUUCACCUCAGAUACGACCGUAUAGAAGGCUAUUAAAAUUUAAACUAGCAAGAUAUUCUUUAGCAUACUUAAAAACCAUGUUAACGAAAAUAAUUGAUGAAGGACGAAAGUAUAAACCACGUGGCAUAACUACAUACAUUGAAAGAGAACUUAAUAAAGUUAUCGUAUGGACAGAUUAUAAGGCCGAUGAACAUAACCAAGCGUUUUUAAACGCUAUCCAAUCAUAUAAUGCAACUAUACGCUAUUACGGAAAUUCGACACGACUUCCUAGAAAACGAUCUCCAAAUUUAACCGACACUAAGCGCAUUAUAACGCGUCAAAUAAUGAAUGGUGAUGGUAUAAUUAAUAAUUCUACUAGAGGGAUAUGUACAUCUGGCUUUUGGGUGAUAGAUCUAAAUGGCAACGAUUAUGUAGUAACUGCUGGACAUUGUGGACCUCUAACUCCUGGUGAGAUUUAUUUUACGUUAUCGCGGAACUCGUCUGAACCCAAGGAUGAAAUUGGACCAAUGGUACAUAAUGAUUUACAUGGAACUGAUUUUGGCUUAAUCCAAAAUUUGAUCGCUUCAACUAUGCAUUCCAUUCGUGGUGAUAGUGGUUCACCCGUAUUUUAUUCACAAAAAACACCUUUUAUGAGUCUACAAGGCAUACACGUAAUGGCUGACUAUAGUGAAAAAUGGGGAAAUAUUGCUCUUACUAUAAAAACAAAAGAUAUUUUUGAAAAAUCCGAAAUACCAAUUUUUUUGGGUGAUCAUUAUAUAUAA